AUGACUUUCAUACUUGACUCUCAGCUUCGAUUAAAGGGGGAGUUCACCCUUUCUGGUGACAAGCUGAUCGAAGUUUGCCACUAUGGUGAAAUGACCAAUGGCGAGGUGCGCCAGUAUCACACAGAUUUCCAGCUGGUCAAGGUCUAUAAUCUGAUGCGAUGCUACAAUGCCUACAUGGAGUGCAUUUUGACGGACCGUUCAAAAGACCCGUGUCCUGAUGUCAUCCUCAUGAAUUCCUGCCUCUGGGAUAUUAGUCGCCAUGGUCCCAGGAAACUACUUCCGGCGGUGUGGGCUGAUAGUGAUCGUCAGGCACUGUUUGAGGAGACCGGCGCCUGGCGUGACUGGGAGUACACCAUUAGUGUCAGUGUGCUGGAGAUAUACAAUGAGAUGAUCAGGGACUUGCUGGGUGACGAGGUUGGCUACAAGAUGGAGGUGAAGAUGAACCCAGAUGGAGGCUACCACAUACCUGGCCUGUGUUAUGUGCAUGUCCAGACUGUAGGAGAUGUCAAUGAGUGUUUUCGCAUAGGCCAGUCGAACCGGGCCACUGCGUCAACCUACAUGAACGAACAUUCCUCACGGUCCCAUGCCCUGCUGUGUGUGACAGUGGUGGGAGUGAAUAGAACCACUGGGGCUAAGACCACUGGUUAA